AUGAAGUCAGUUAUCUUCAGCCGAUUCUUCAUCCUUCUCCCUUGGGUGCUAAUCGUUAUUAUCAUGAUCGACAUCGACACUAAACGCACAUUUCGCUCUCCCAUGUCGGCACGGCAACGAACACAACGGACAGUGGCAUCAAAUUUAUCAACUUUACCCAUCAUCUACGCCAUCACCCCCACAUACUCCCGGCCGGUACAAAAAGCCGAGCUCACCAGACUGGCCCAGGCCUUCAGACAGGUGCCACGCUUCCAUUGGAUCGUUGUAGAGGAUGCUUCUUCACGAUCAGAUUUGGUGACAAAGUUUUUGGCGAGGAGCGGUGUAUCGGCGUACACGCAUUUGCACAUUUUUACCCCGCGGAGGUUUAAGCGGGCUGGGAUGCCGAGAGCGACAGAGCAGAGGAAUGUGGCGCUAACAUGGUUAAGACAACAUCGUACCAAGAAGGACACAGGAGUGGUGUUCUUCGCUGAUGAUGACAACACGUACAGUUUGGAGCUAUUCGAUGAGAUGCGCAGCACUAAAGGCGUAUCUGUGUGGCCUGUGGGCUUUGUGGGGGGACGGGCCUACGAGCGCCCCCUGGUGUCGGGGGGAAAAGUGGUGGGCUGGUACACUGGAUGGAGACCUGACCGACCCUUUGCUACAGACAUGGCAGGCUUCGCGGUGAACCUCCAUGUGAUCCUGUCGAAUCCUCGUGCUCAGUUUAAACGUAGAGGGUCCCAGCCCGGGAUGCAGGAGUCUGACUUCCUCCGACAGAUCACCACUGUGUCACAGCUGGAGCCCAAAGCCCACAACUGCACCAGGGUUCUGGUUUGGCACACGCGCACGGAAAAACCACAUCUCGCCAACGAACCCAAGCAUCGCAAAGAUACUCUAAUCAUUGAGGUGUAAACAACAAAUGGACCACAAAAUCAACCCAAAUAUGGUCAAAAUCCACUCGAGAACAAAGCGUAUGGACUUCAACUUGGACCUAAGUACAUGGGCAAUACAACUUUCUUAUUGACUUGGAUGGUUUGUACAAAUUGACACUUGAAAUUAAGAACCGCAAGGAAUGGGUGCACAAAAAGACUGCUCUAUAAGUGUUAAAAAUGCACUACGUAACUUUUCUUUUCGGGAAACUGCCACCUUGUCUCCAUGGAUAUGUUACUCCACAAAAAGAUCCAUUCUUACUGUCUACGGGGUCAUCUCUCCGUAGAUCUGAUUUGUGAUUCGGCCUGGGCAGUGUCACGUGCUUGUCUCUAUGGGGGAAGGUACUGUGGAACAUUUUGGGCAAAGCAAUAACAUUUCCACGGUGACAAGCAUGAACGAAAAGUUGCACCGUGCGCCUUUAAAUAGAGGAUUUUCAGACUUUUAAAUGAACUUAAAUGAAUGGACUUUAAUACUUUGAUACUGUGUUGACAUUAUGUAAACGGUGAAUUGAACUUCUAUCUGAAAGUGUUACGAAACCUGCACAGCGCCACCACAUGGACAAAACGGACGCUCUUUUAUCUCGUCUUUGGUUUGUCAGUGUAAAAAUGUAAUGCGUUAUAUGUGAAAAUUCAAAAGUGCCACGUGAAUGAAUUUAAUUUCAUCAAUACCACUCAAUGUCAAAUCAAAUGUUCGAUUGUGCUUGAAGUUUGAUUUUUGUGGCUCAGGAAAGACAAGGUGUAUUCGGACAUUCAAGUAAAGUUAUUUGCCCCAGUCCUCUGCAUUUGACCCAUCCCUCUGGAUUAAACCUGUCAGGAGCUGUGGACCAGAUCUGAGCCAGGAUCUUGGUCAGGAUUGAUGGGGUAAACUGGAACAAAUCCACAAGAAGAACACGCAAAUCCCAAGCAGAAAAGCUCCAUGUGAUGUGGGAAUUGAACCAGGGACCUUCUUGUCAUGUAACAGUAGUUUUGUCACUUUAAAUCAUAGGCAAUAGGGCAGGUUUUUGAGGAGUUUUCUGGUCAGCGCUUCCUCCAUUACAUCUCGAGACAGAUUUAGACAAAACAGACCUAUCAGAAUCAGAGUGACGCAUUUGAAAUAAAAAAUCACCAUCAAAUCACAAUUCCUUAUCCUGUCACCUCAGAAAUGUGAUUUUAUUCAUUGAUUCUGCAGAAAGUACAAUGUUUUUCAGUCCCUUGUGAUAUUUUUUACAUGACAUCAACCUGUGACUGAACUUGAGAACACCAGACUCACAUUUUCGUAGUAUCGGCAGUAGCGACAGUGGCUCAGUUGGUAGAGUGUCCACUGAUCCGAAUGUUAGCAGUUCAAAUCCCGCUCUUGACAUAAACAUCACUGGUCGAGCGGACAGAUCCACUGACCCACAGGUUGGCGGUGCGAUUCCAGCUCCCACGGAUGAAUACUGUCACUGUGUCCUUGCGCGAGACACUUAACUCACCUCGCCUCUAGUGUGUGCGUACACAGGUGUAUGAAUGUGUGUGUGAAUGAGCGCUCUGAGUGCCUUGAAGGUAGAAAAGCGCUAUAUAAACCAUAGACCAUUUUACCAUUUAUUGGAGAAGCGCCUCCACGUCCACCUUUGAGUUUGUUGCUUUACAUUAGAUUUUAUUGUUGCUGACCAGGAAAGUGUUACCUCUACAGUACGUUAGGAGUGUUGCGGUCUUUCUAUAAGUGUCGAUAUCAAAUGAGAGGCCCUCAGGUUUAAACAUAAUGAAAGCCAAACGUUGUGAGAAAAUCCAUACAGGACUCAGAAGCGUAUAGUCCCCUAAAGCCCAGAGCAGCUGUGUCAGUGCAGUUUAACGGUGUAAAGAUGUUUGGUGUUCAAUGCAGCUUAAGACAUUACCACGAAAACACUGCAAAUGAAUACGACUGCAGCUAUGGACUUUGUAAACCAGUGUAGAUCAGUAGAAGCUCUCCGUAGGUUUCAGAGUGAGGACAAAUUACCACCGCUGUCAUCCUCAAAAUCCUCAAAAUAUUGUAGAGAAAGCUGAAAUCUACUGAUAUAGAGGAAGCUGAAAAUAACUAGUUUUGGUUUAUAGCAAUACACUUCACAGUUAAGGCGCAAAUACCAAUGAAAAAGUAAAGUCUGGCACAGAAAAUAAGGCGAUAAGGCAAAGGCAUUAUAAAUAUUGCUGCACUGUUUAUGUGUUAGUCCUAAGAGGUAAUUCAAACUUACUUUUAUUUAAAUGCAACUUUUUGUUUUAUUUUAAGGGACACAAUGUAAUUUUUCUGAGGUUAUUGCUUUGCUUGGAAUGUCUCACAGCAUUGAAUUAAAUGUACCCAUCUUAUUAUUUACUAAGAAAAAACAAAACAAAAAAACACUCCGUUAUUACAGAGAGUGGACUCGCCUCUCCACAAAUCGGACUAGUAACUUGUGGCGUCACUUGCUUGUCUCCAUAGAAACAGACAAGGUUAAUAUCAAAUUGUGAAGCAUUCCAGACAAAGCAAUCAUCUAACAUCUCCAUGGAUACCCUCCACUCUGCAGAAAAGUUACAUAAUGGACCUUUACCUGAACAAGUUUUCAAUUUUGACAGUUUUUUGUUUAGAACCAAGACGAUUUGUCAAUGUGUGCGCUUUUUUUUUUUUUUUUAAGCAACAUCUUGAGCUAUUGUCUGUGUGUGAUAUAUGACUGUUCUGUUUCCUCCUGUUAAAGGCCAAGAACGUCUUAUGUCCGCUGCUUUCACCGCUAACGCUAAUGUGCUAAUGAUUUAUUGACAUCUUGAGGCAGUUCUCCUUGAGCUCACCCCACUCCGGUGCUCCAAAGCUGGGCCGGUCUCACCUCUGACCCCCCCGGUGCUCUGUCAAAGCUCAAAUCGAAAUCCACUUCUUUUCAAGCACCCAGCCAUAUCUUCCCGCGCUGACAAGAAUCCAUCAAUAAUGUAAAGUCUGCAGCUCAAACAACAAAAGCAAAGUGUCCCGGGGAAUGAGGCUGCAGAGGACGGGGACAGAGCCACACCGGGGAAGGAUGGUUGGGUUUCGAAUGUGUCUUGAGGUGUAAAAAAUGUUGUCUUGAAAUGUGUUUCUGUCACACAGGUCUGAGGAGCAUGUGUUUUUGAUGUUGAGAAUCUAAAU